AUGGCGGCGCCCAUGCGAAACAGCAUGCGCUUUCUGGUGACAAUUUCCACGUUCAAUAAACCAUGUUUUCUGACUCAAACUGUGGUUUACAAGUCGACAGCUAGACAUGUAGCAACCACGACGCUUAAUCUAGCGAGGGAGGUUCGUCAAAGACAGACGAAUUGUGAAGAAACGAACGAGCCGACCAAGAAGAAAAAGUCCGAAACGGAGCCGCCGUCACUGACGGCGUCAGGAGGCGGCCGUGACGGCGGGGUGUUCGGACCGCUGUCCGGGGAGGUGUCAGGAAGGUCAGACCUUAGACGACGGUCGGAUGAUAAUCAGCGAUUGCAGCGACUCUCUGAUUUUGAAUCCGAAGAUGAAGAAAAGGAAGUUUUGGGAAACAAGAUCACUUAUGAAAAGGCAAAAGCAGAUGACAAACGAAUCGGACGGCUGAUGAUGCUCGUCAAGUCUCGCAAAUACAGAGAGCAAUCCGGCAGAGUAAUGAUUGAAGGACUCCGUCUGAUCAGUGAUGCUAUAAACUCGGGGGUCCAAGCCCACACACUGUUCUUCAGUCAACUCCAGAGUUUGGAGGGUAUCCCUUUGCACAAGACAAGAGCUGUUGUGGUCAAAGUCCCCUACAGAGAGAUCACCAUGUGGUCGGAUGUUGUAACACCACAGGGCGUUAUAGGUGUAUUUAAGAAGCCAACUCAUGAGAAUUACACACUCCAUUCACAGUCAACGGUGCUGCCUCUUACGCUGAUCUGUGAUAACAUCAGGGAACCAGGCAACCUUGGAACCAUCCUUCGUUCAGCUGUGGCCGCACAGUGCCAGAGGAUUCUCCUCACAAAAGGAUGUGUUGACCUUUGGGAGCCAAAGGUUCUUCGAUCAGGGGCAGGUGCUCAUUUCCACAUGCCGAUCAUCGCGAAUAUUCCAUGGAAGGAAAUGGCCAACUAUCUGGAUGAAGACGUCACAGUGCAUGUUGCAGAUAACAACACCUCAACAAGCAUCGAUCAAUCGGAGAUGAGUCCCUCAAAAAGAAAGCGGAACCAUGGUGCACCAUUCCAAAGGAAACUGAUGGAGGAAAGCCAAGAGGAAUAUACAGACUUACCUGUUUUAGAAUCUGAAGUCUACCACGAUGUUAACUGGCGAACCAAAUCAGCGUUGGUUAUCGGUGGCGAAACCGAAGGCUUAAGCUAUCAAGCCCUGGAGAUCUGUGAUAAAACAUCAGGCUGUAAAGUCCACAUACCCAUGGCAGAGGCGGUGGACAGCUUAAAUGCAGCAGUCUCUGCUAGUGUUAUAAUGUUUGAGGCAUUGCGGCAGAAUUUAACUCACAAUUGAAAACUUCUUAAGGAGAAGGUACACAUUUGGUAAUUACUCAAAACAAAUAUUAACUUAAAAACUGACUUGGUAACGAGCA